AUGCCUCCUAGAAAAAGUAAGACCACGAAGAGAAGAUCUAAUAUUUCUAUGACGAGAAGACCCACCGUUAUUAAGAGAAGUAGAGUUAAUAGAACAGGAAAAGACUAUUGGAGACAUGAAUUUAAACAACGUAUCAAAUUUCUUAAGCGAUGGAAAUUACGAUUUCCAGGAAAGGAUAAAAAAUUUUUCGAUGAUAAAAUCGAAAAAAUUGGAAGGUGGAAACAAGUUGUUGAGAAUUCGACUGAAUCUAAAAAUAUUUUUU